AAAAAGCAAAAAGCAAACAUUUGAUUAGUUGUUUUAAUUCCGAAUUUUGAGGACAAGUGACGUAUUGGGUUAGACACAUAAUAAAACAUAUGUUAGGCAAAAGAAUUGGCACGAUAUUUGCCAAAAAAAUUUUACUACAAAAGGGGCCCCCAGCAGAUCAGUCAGCAUCGAAAGCACUUCAAGCAACAACCAAACACGAAAUAUGCAGUCUAACAAAGUUGUCUUCCUUGUCUUUGGUGUCCUGGCACUGGUUUUAUCCGCCAGCCUAUCUGCUGAGGCUGUGGAGCAGGAAAGCGAAGGUAUCAGUGAUCGUCGCUAUCGUUGGGCUUCUGAAGAGGACAACUCCGAGGACUCCCAAGACUUGGAAGAUGCCGAAGAUCAGGGUAACAAUCCUAGUGAGGAUGGCACCUGGGAAGAGGCGAUCAUCGAAUAUGUACCAGCCGGAACAACCUGGGAAGAUCUGGAGAGUGGAUCUGCUGAAGCUUAAAUCUAUUUAAAUGUUUGUCAAUAUUGUUUUUAAUUUAUAUAUGUAUUUAUUUGUUUUUAUGAAGAAUCCACCAAUUAAAU